CUUGAUUCCCGCUUUUGCAUGAGGCGAGAGGAUAUUUGGACGAGGAGAUCAUCAUGUCUCUCUUCAAGGGAGCUUCUCGGUCUUUUGUGAGGGCUGCUGCUUGCAGAGCUCGACCAGUAUGUGGUUCGAGGCGAGCUGCAUCAUCCAUGACGGCAGAGUCUCAGCAGAAGCUCCUCUCUGCGGACCUCGAACAUGCCGACCCCGCUAUCUACAAGAUUCUCCAGAAUGAGAAACGGAGACAGAAGCAUUUCAUCAACCUCAUUCCCUCCGAAAACUUUACGUCCCAGGCAGUUCUGGAUGCUUUGGGAAGUGUUAUGCAAAACAAAUACUCUGAGGGAUACCCAGGAGCACGAUAUUAUGGCGGUAACGAAUUCAUUGACGAAGCAGAAAGAUUAUGUCAAACCCGUGCAUUACAAACCUUUGGUUUAAAGGAAUCAGAUUGGGGUGUAAAUGUUCAGCCUCUAUCUGGAUCUCCUGCAAACCUCUACGCAUACUCCGCUCUCCUGAACGCACAUGACCGAAUAAUGGGCUUGGAUUUACCUCAUGGUGGACAUCUUUCUCACGGAUAUCAAACACCUACAAAGAAGAUCUCAGCCAUUUCAAAAUACUUCGAAACUCUUCCUUACCGACUCGACGAAUCUACAGGUCUUAUCGACUACUCUAAGCUCGAAGAACUUGCCAUGCUCUACCGACCGAAACUCAUCAUUGCCGGUACCUCUGCCUAUAGCAGACUUAUUGAGUAUGAACGUUUCCGGGAAAUCGCCGACAAGGUUGGGGCAUAUCUUUUGGCGGAUAUGGCACAUAUUUCUGGUCUUGUCGCAGCGAAAGUUAUCCCAGGUCCUUUCGAGUACGCCGAUGUAGUUACUACAACUACGCACAAGUCACUGAGAGGCCCAAGAGGAGCUAUGAUCUUCUAUAGAAAAGGAGUUCGAAGAGUCAACGCCAAGACUAAGGAAGAAGAGAUUUGGAACUUGGAAGAUCCUAUCAAUGCUUCCGUUUUCCCUGGACAUCAAGGAGGACCUCAUAAUCAUACUAUCACUGCUCUGGCCGUUGCUCUUAAGCAAGCACAAAGCAAUGAGUUUAGAGCUUAUCAGGAAGCAGUUCUUCUGAAUGCUAAGGCCUUUGCCAAGCGGCUGGGUGACCCCAAGGAGAAAGGUGGUCUUGGGUACACGAUUGUGUCAGGUGGCACUGACAACCAUCUCGUGCUUGUUGAUCUCAAGCCACAAGGUGUUGAUGGUGCGCGAGUGGAGAGAGUGUUGGAGUUGGUCGGUGUUGCUAGUAACAAGAAUACCGUACCAGGCGACAAGUCAGCAUUGAAACCAGGUGGGUUGAGAAUGGGGACGCCAGCAAUGACCACGAGAGGUUUCCAGCCAGAGGAUUUCGUGAGAGUGGCAGAUGUGGUGAACAGAGCAGUCACGAUUACUCAGAGACUGGAUAAGACGGCGAAGGAAGCGGCUGAGGCGAAGGGAAGGAAGAAUCCUGGAAGUGUGAAAGCUUUCUUGGAGUAUCUUGGGGAGGGGGAGAAUGAGCGGGAGAUUGUGCAGUUGAGGGCUGAGGUUGAGGAGUGGGUGGGAACUUUCUCAUUGCCUUGGGAGUGAGUUCAUUAGCAUAUAAUACUCAUGUUUUAGUCGGCGAGCAGUGCAUCUCAUCUCUGUGACUUUAUAGCAAACUCUUAAUCUCCCUGUAAGAAAUAUAUAUCAUUGUCCUAAUUCGAUAAGUCUACU